ACGCGCCGACACUCGCCAUCAACCGUUUGUUCACCAUGUCACAGGGCAACACUGCAACACGGGAUUGGCUCACAGAGUGGCAGAAGAUUGCGGCAGUGCCCAAUCUGGAGCUGCCUUUCACUCAUCUCAGACGUGAGUUCUACAACAGAUCCUUCGCUGCAUUGAGCCAGGCGCUUGGUGAUCGCGAGCAGUACUCAACUUUCGCCGAGAUUGUCGACAAGGCGAGAGAGAUCAUCAAGACCAACAGGUCAGCUGCACACGAGAAGUCACCAUGGCAGCCGACCUAUGUGGAGAAGGUACGAACUGGUCCUCGACAACUGCACUUCGCUGCAGUCCAGCAGGACAGUGGAGAUAACCCAGCAGCCACUCCAGCAUCAAGUGACAGAGAUCAGGUGGCUGCUGUCCAGCCGCAAAGCAACAACAAGUCCCGCAACAAUGGGAAGGCGAAAUCCGCAUCGCAGGCCGGAAAUGGACAACCAGGACAAUUUCCAUGGGUCAAGUUUGGCUUGACCGAGGCGGAGUACAAGCUGGAGUACUUGGGACACUAUGUGACGCCGCAAGGCAUCCGUCCGCUUGCGGACAAGAUCGAGGCCCUACGAGUAUGGCCCGAGCCCACCAACACCACGGACGUUCGUUCAUUCAUGGGGUUGGCGGGCUACUGUCAGCGAUUCAUCACCGGAUACUCCAGGAUUGCUGCACCUAUGACGAGGUUACAGUCGCCAAAGGUGCGAUUGGUAUUCGAUGACGACGCACGCCGGUCAUUCCAAGCACUUAAGACGGCUAUGCUCAUGGCACCCGUCCUUAGCAUCUAUGACCCCACCUUGCCGACGCGAGUGACUACGGACGCUUCCGGCUAUGGCAUUGGGGCAGUCUUGGAACAGCACGACGGUGACGACUGGCACCCUGUGGAGUAUUUCAGCCACAAAGUGCCUCCCAUCAACUCGCUUGAUGAUGCAAGGAAGAAGGAGCUGCUCGCAUUCGUGAUGACUCUCAAGCGCUGGCGGCACUUCCUCCUUGGGCGUCGUAGGUUCACAUGGGUCACAGACAACAAUCCAUUGACCUACUAUACGACGCAGGACACGGUGAGCAGUACGAUCGGACGAUGGAUGUACUUUAUCGACCAAUUUGACUUCACACCGAAACAUGUCCCCAGCCUCUCCAAUCGCGCAGCAGAUGCACUCUCGCGAAGACCUGAUAUUUGCGCGAUGACACAUCAUGCCUUCGCAUUCGACGAGGAGCUUCAGCGACACUUCAUCCGGGCAUAUCAGUCUGAUCCGGACUUCGGCACGCUCUAUGCACAGCUAUCUUCGGAUCACCCGCCGGCCAGCCAUUACCGCAUUGCCGACGGGUACUUGCUCCUUCACUCGAGAGGCAAGGACUUACUAUGUGUCCCACGCGACCGUUGUCUUCGGACUCGCCUCCUCGGCGAGUAUCACGAUUCACGACUCGCCGACCAUUUCGCAGUCAACCGCACUAUUGCACAGCUUCGACAGCAUUACCGAUGUCACUAGAUAUUGCGACUCUUGCGAAGUUUGCCUACGCAACAAGCCCCG